AUGCAUAAAAAUCGGGAAUCAGUUCUAGCUAUGGACCGAACAGAAACAAACAAUCCUACCAUUGAUUCUUCAAAAUUUCAAAAUGGAUCAAUGACAUUCAGACUUUACAUUUAUAUGUUUUGGAUGGAUUAUCUUUUAAUGGCUUUAUUAGGCGGUUUCGCUCUUGGUGUUUAUUUUCUUCGAACGAUACCCAAUCAUCUUUUUCCUAUUUAUUUUGCCGAUGGUGAAAUCGUUAAUCCUGAAUUUGGUUAUCCAUUUCGUAAAGAGAUUAUUCCAAUAUGGUUAGCUGUACUGUUAUCGUUUAUUAUUCCAUUUGUAAUUAUAAUGUUAAUGCAAAUACGUAUACGUAGUUUUAAUGAUGCUAAUACAGCCAUCAUGGGUCUUUUGUUCUCAUUGAUAUCGGCUGGAGUUUUUCAAGUAUUGAUUAAAUGGCUUAUUGGUGGUUUGAAACCAAAUUUUCUUUCCAUUUGUAAACCAAAUAUCAGCCCAUCAAUGUCCGGUACAGGAUAUGGCUUUGAUGGUAUUAUGUUUGAUCGUUCAAUAUGUACAGGUGAUGUCAAACAAAUUAAUGAUGCACUCGCAUCAAUGCCAUCAGGUCAUGCAACAGCAGCUUUUGCUGGACUUAUUUAUUGUUCAUUAUAUCUGAAUGCUAAAUUGAAAAUUUUUGCUAACUAUCGUGCACAAUAUUGGAAAUUAGUACUUUUUCAUGCACCAUUACUUGGUGCUGUUCUUAUGGCUUCGUCAGUAACGAUCGAUCAUUCUCAUCAUUGGUAUGAUAUUUUAGCAGGAUCAAUCAUUGGAAUAAUAUUUGCUUUUGGAUCAUAUCGUUUUCAAUAUGCUAGCAUUUGGGAUUACAGAUUUAAUCAUAUACCAUUACCACGAAUUAAUACAGAAGAAGGAUUUGAUUAUCAUCUUGAUCAUCUUGAAGGUUAUCUUAGUGCAUCGAAAAAAGGUGGAUGGAUAAAUGACUCUAUAUAUGGAGCACCCUAUGAUGCAGCAGGAACAUUAACAAUUUUAAAAACAUCAGGAUCAAUGGUUACUGACUUAAGAUUAUAG